AUGACGACCCUCGUGCAAACUCGGGCCCUCCAACUCGUUAGCAUGGGGACAAACAAUCAAGAUGCAGGAGGAAGACAUAAACGGGGAAAAGGUGCGGUGGCGGACCUGGAGAACGACGACGACUUCCAGUUUGUGAGGAAGUCGAAGAGGGCCAAGACGGAAGCGGCGCCGCCUCAGCCGCAGCCGCAGCAGUCGAGGACGACGGCGCGCGAUGCCUCGGUAGAAGCUCCGCCCACAGCCGCAAUCAGACGAACGGCUGCUUCCGCCGCGACGAGGAGGAGUCCGAGAAUAAACACGCCCGAACGACGACAACAACAGCAGCAACAUGCCGAGAGACCGAAGUCGACAGCACAGCAGAGGAAUGGUGCGACGGGAAGGACAGUCAGGGCGGAUGCUACGCUGUUUGACUCACCGCCGCGACAACCAAGAUCGCAGAGAGCGUCGUCGAGAGGUGCAGGUGCAGAUGCGGCGGAAGAUGAGGAGAGCCGACGGCGGGGAGGGUCGAGACGGGCGGGAACGGUAGAGCGUGAGGAUGGAGGAUCGGGGGGGGGUCCAAGGAGAGUGAGAACAGAAGAGCGGCCGGAGGGAGGAUCCAGAGGAGGGUCAAGGAGAUUGGCAACAGAGGAGGCAGAAGAGGACGCGCGACCGGAGGGAGGACAAAGAGGAGGACCGAAAGACAGAACGAAGAUGAUCACCCUGCCGAUGAGCGACACGCCAAUCAUCAACCGAAACAAGGAGAUGCGCAAACAGGGCGGCAACGACGGCAGCGGCAACCGCCGGAGCAGUCUGGGCUCCCGCGGCCGAAGGGCGAGUUCGCUCAUCGACAACGGGCAGACGGCCAUCCCGCAUCGCGAGGUCAGGACGACAGAGUUCUACAAGCACAUCGAAGCCGAGGGCCUGCCCGAACCGAGACGCAUGAAGCAGCUGCUCACCUGGUGUGGAGAGCGGGCGCUGUCGGAUAAGCCCAAGCAUGGGAGUAAGGAUGCGGGCGUCAUCCAUGGCGCCCGCGCUAUUCAAGAUCAAUUGCUCAAGGACUUCGCCGCGCGGUCCGAAUUCUCCGACUGGUUCAGCAGAGAUGACGAGGCGAUUCCAGGCGCACCACCUGCCGUUCUUCAGCCGAACCCGAGAAAUAAAGAGUUGGACGAGAAGAUUGUACAGUUGGAGGAGAAUAUCAAGAGGUUACAAGAGGAAAAGCAAGCGUGGCUAGCCAUGCAAAGACCACCGCCAGACCAACCGCCUAUCCUAUCAGAAUCCGAGGUCGAGCACCCGGAAACCAUCGAGCUCCCCGACUUCGACCUGCUAGACGACCAGGACGGCCGGAUACACCGGUACCUGUCGUCGGAAGCGGAGCCCUUCGAGUCUGUGCGGGCGACUACGCAGAAGCGCCUGCGCGACGUCCGCGCGACGCUGGAGCUGCAGGUCGACCUGCUGGCGGACAACGUGCACAGGUUGGAGCAGAGGGUGCGCGUGGCGGGCCAGGAGGCGGACCAGGUGCUCGGCCUGAGCGCGCGGAGGCUGCGGGACAGGGACGACGAGGAGAAGAGGAGGGCAGGGACCAGGCAUAUGCCCAUCAUGGAGGUGCUCCGUAGUCUCGGGGCCAUGCUGCCGGAUGGCGGGGAGGGUUAG